CCGCCGCGCGCCGCUGCGACCCGCCCUACGACUGGAGCUUCCUCUUCGUGCUGCUCUUCAUCUUGGCCGGCGGCGUCGGCAACAUCCUCGUCUGCCUCGCCGUCUGCCUCGACCGGAAGCUGCAGAACGUCACCAACUACUUCCUGCUGUCGCUCGCCAUCGCAGACCUGCUCGUCAGCCUCUUCGUCAUGCCGCUGGGCGCCAUCCCCGGCUUCCUGGGGUACUGGCCGUUCGGCGUGGCGUGGUGCAACGUGUACGUGACGUGCGACGUGCUGGCGUGCUCGGCCUCCAUCAUGCACAUGUGCUUCAUCUCGCUGGGCCGCUACCUGGGCAUCCGCAACCCGCUCAAGACGCGCCACGCCUACAGCACCAAGCGGCUCGUGGGCUUCAAGAUCGCCCUCGUCUGGCUGCUCGCCAUGCUCGUCUCCUCGUCCAUCACCGUGCUCGGAAUUGAACCAGCUCGCGUCAUGUUUGAUCACCGCUUGUUCCAGUUUAUAAUUUUGGAGCAGCUUGAUAAACAGUUUACAAUUACACCAUUCAAUUAA